AUGAUAAAGAAUAAGCGAAAAGCGGCGAUUGUGCUAAAGAAAAAUAACGAAGAAAGAAAGGAUGACGAGCAGAACGCUAACAAGUCCGAUUCUGACUCCGAGUCCGAGGAAUCUCUAAUGGAGAGGUUGUUUGGGAAGAAAAUGAAGCAGAGCGUCGUUUCCACUGCAUCAAGUGAAGUGAUUGACUCUGACAAUGAAGAAACAUCGGAAACGCCAGUAAAAACAGUUCAAGAACAGACGCCCCCGACGGUCGACGAAGAUGAAGAAGAUUGCGUGUGGCACGAUGAGGAUGAUGAUGUCGAGAGAAAAAAAGUGGCAGAAAUGAAAUUCGCCGAGUUUAGCGGCGCGUGGCUCAACGUAAAGCCGGUCGCUGAAGACGAGGAGAACUUCAGUGGGAAGAUCUUCUCGAAACGCCGUGGAGUCCUCCCACAGGGCGAGAUCGAUAUCGAGGAAGUAGGAACGCUCGUCAUUGGGGGACUCGGCGGACUGCCGAUUUCUGGCUUUGAUUUUCAUCCCCACGCUCCAGCGGCGAUGCUCACUCAAGCGGACACUUUGGCGAUGUUCAAGAUCGACGGUCGUGAAAACCCGCUUUUACAAGCGAUCCGCCUUGACAACUUUCACAUCAAAUGCGCGCGCAUUAUUUCGAGAAACGAGUGCCUCGCCACCUCCCAUGUCCAGUGGUUUUAUAGUCAUGAUUUGGAGUCGGGCGCGAUAACUAGAACGCCGUUCAUCAAAGGCAGAGAUCGGAAGCAUCGCGUGGAACAGUUUUACACAAGCUACGAGUCCAAAUACCUGGCCUUUACAUCAAGAGAUGGACCUAUUCACAUCGUUUCGAAGAAGAACAAGGAAGUCGUGGGAGUGCUGCAAAGCGCCACAGAACAGAAUGUUGAUGUAAAAAUGUCAAAAGACGGGAAUAGAAUGUGGACGCUGUCAGAAUGCGGCCAAGUGAUGACUUUCGAUCUGCGAAAAAUGGAGCCAGUUCACAGUUUUCAAGAUAUGGCGGGAUGCACGUCUCUAGGAGUCAACGACCAGGAGACAAUUUUCUCGAUCGGUUCGACCUCAGGAUUGAUCAACCUCUACGACGAGACAUGCAUGACGAAGGAAUAUCCAGAUUGUUUGAAAACGUUGAAAAACCUGCGCGCUCCUGUGACGUUUCAGAAGUUUAACUCGACUGGCGAGCUGGGUAUUUUUGGAUCAGAACUGCUGCCCGAUCAAGCCAGAUUAUUACACUGCCACUCACAAAGUGUUAUUCGAAACUUCCCCGGACAACGAAAGCUGGACACGAUAAGUCAAGGAGGAUUCUCGCCGAAAUCUGGUUUUAUGGCAAUUGGAAACAGAAGAAUGCAGCUUUUCAAGCUCAAUCACUAUCCGAACUACUGA